GGCUUCUUGAUGGCAACAAACAGCUAUGCUUUCCUCGUCUCGUCUCUGCCUCAAGCAGCAGCUGCGGCUCCUGGGGUGACGGGAACGGGCGGAAGCAGCCGGGGUGACGCAAAAGGAACACCUCCUGACGCACCGCUCCUGGCAGAGGCUGUUGCGUCGUUUCUGGCCGGGGACCCCGGCGAACUGAGGCCGGGUAGUGCCGAGGCAUCCACGCCACUCCGGGCAGUCAACCGAAGCUGGCUGGGCGCUGCCGACAAGGCGAGGGCAGCCGCCUCGGGCAGUCGAAGCAAGGAGGAGGACCUUGCUCGCCGUCGUGACGCGCGCCGCGCUCGAGAUACGGUUACGGGGCUGUUGCAAGCGAUAAAAGACGACACAGUAAUACCCAGCAGUACCGAUGGGGAUUCGUUCGCACACGACUGGAAAUACGUGGCGCGCAUGCUGGCGGCGAGAAAAAGUAGGGCAGACGCGUUUAAUAAUAUUAAUACUCCGGAGCCAGCAGGUAAUGGCAUUCGUAACAACAUCCAUGCGAGGCAGAGUUUUUUCCUGCAAAUUUUCGAAGCUUUUGUCGCGCAAAAUGUUGAUCAACACGGGAGCAGCUCCCGCUCCCCAGAGGUUCCGGUGGCAAGGGAUCCGACUCCCGACGGUAUCAAAUGUGAAAAUGUCUGGGUCUGGAAGAUUGCCAGGUUUGUCAUGCACAUUUUCCAUGACCCAUGAUGUCUGUGAUGCAUGCCCUAGCAUCACAGAUUUUUUGAGGGCAUCUUGAUGCCUAGUCCGCAUGACAAAUGUCCUCUCUGCGUAGCAAAAAUUGCAUUCUACUCUUUGCUGCUCAUGCAAUGCAAGCUUUUUUGGAAUCCAAAUGCAGCAUCACAAGUUCCACCCUUCCAGACCCAGACAUUUUUACAAUCCAUACACGGCGGUCCUGUGCAAGGGAUCUUCCCGACUGAGCUCCUGAUUUCGUUGGAAGACGCGAUUGGGAGGAUUUGCACCGCGCCCGACCUGGGGAGGAUUUGCUUCCCGACAUCUGCAGGUUGGGGAUCGAUGGACGACUCGAGUAUCUCUGAUCUGACAUACUACACCAUUUGGCCCCUCGCACGCGAAGUCGUCACGCAGGUGAAGAUUGUUGUCUGCACCCCGGCACGACCUCCACGUGAAAGACCAGGCGCGGUGACUAUUGCUGUCAUUCAGGGUCGGAAUGAUCCUCCGCUAGAGAUCCCGGGUCCGGGGCUUGCACAGAACCAGCUCAGCAUGACACACCCGCUUUCUCGUCGAAACGGAGUGGGAAUGCGGGUAGAGGCCGAACCCGCUCGAACCGUCGGACCUGCGGGUGGUCCUGCAGGCGAAGUUCAAAAGUACAACCUACGCAUUGCAAAUGUACUGUAGUGUGAGUCCGGUCUUCUUCUGAUGUGCAUGUGACAGAUGAACUUGGAGGCACCAUGCUAGUAACAAGUAAGUAGUAGCUAUUAGCCUGCUACUGCGGUAUUCUUUCUGUGAUAUUCUGCACGACGAACAACGCGAGCUCACCCAAUGAGUAGGCACUUGUAGCCGAUCACUACGCUGCUGCUGCAUGAAAAAAUUGUGUGGGUGCUGUGUCGUGUAGUUUUUCCGUGUUGGCCACGACAAAUCGGACUACUUUGGCAAGAAACCAAACAAGCGGCGCUCAUCUAUCCGCCUUUAUCUAUACAUAAUUCUGGAGAAAUUAUAAACAUGCUUGACAAGCUGUGUGAAAGUUCCAGACUCAGACUACAGAAACAGAUUUGCAAUGCAUACGACCACUUCAGAGCGGUGCGGUUACAUUUUUACAAAAAGCCAUAGUCGGCGGAGCCUAAGUCGGAGUCUUUUCGGGGAAAAGACGCACCAUUAUAAUUAUUUGCGACGUUGUACCGAACUUACUUUGUGUUGCAUAGAG